AUGAAGUCUACAGGUGGGUCUCCAGGUGCACCCGCAGGUUCAAGUGCUGCCUCUGGCAGCAAUCGAAGACUGCAGCAGACACAAAACCAAGUGGAUGAGGUGGUGGACAUCAUGCGUGUCAACGUGGACAAGGUGUUAGAAAGAGACCAGAAGCUUUCUGAGCUGGACGACCGGGUGGAUGCCCUGCAGGCAGGAGCUUCUCAGUUUGAAACAAGUGCUGCCAAGUUAAAGAGGAAAUACUGGUGGAAGAAUUGCAAGAUGUGGAUAAUUGGGAUUAGCGUGGUGGUCAUCAUCAUCAUCAUCAUCAUUGUGUGGAGUACUUCUUCGUGAAUAGCCUGUGGAACUCAAGCCUGCUGCCCGCGGGACCUCUUCAAGACUUCUGACUUAGUACCUGCGAAUUAUCAAGCUUGCCUACUACUAUUUCUAAAAGGACUAUUUUUGGUUAGUUAAUGUAAAGUUUGAUUUCCACGAAAUGUGCCUUUGUUUUUUAAUGUGCACUCCAGACUAGAAGCGGAGUCAAUCCAGCCCCCGGUGUGCACAGUGCCUUUACCAGUUUACACGGGGCUGCGGGGGAGGACUUCUGCCGGUGCAGGGUUACCAUGGAGAAGGAACGUCGUCACUGAGUAAUCGCUGGGCUCCAAUUAUGGUAGUUUGUUCCACAUUAUCUCUUCUCUUCAUAGGGCGUUGUCUCAAGAGCCACCUUUUAAACCUUUGGGUAAUCCGAUUUCCAACUCGUGCCUUCCAGAAAGAACAUUACUACCUAGCAUAAAUCUGUGACCGUAACAGGCCAUGCCUUACGUAUUUUGCUGUUUUUCUGAGUACCUCUAAGAGAACGCACUACUAUUUAUAAGCACUACUAAUGCAGAAUGUUUGCUCUUAUUGCCUAUGAAGAUGUUUACCGUCGUUAUUGUUAUGUAUAACUUGCUAAAAACAUGCUAUUUCAUCAGAAAUUAUCAACCCUUUUAAAAGUACUGUUGUUAUAGAACUGCGGCUGUGACCAAAGUUUCUAUUUUGCCAAAAAGUUGAAUCCCAGUAAGCACCUUAUAAGUCUGUUCCUUACAGAUAAACGCCGAAAAGUGCCAAAUGGAACUCAGGGUGCCCUUCAACAUUUCACCUGUGUUGAACCCUCUGCAUCUUGGCUGGCUGUUCUUGCCUUUGAGAGAAUGUAUAUAAUAUGACUCCCAAUUCAGCCUUUUCCCAGGGGCUGGAGAAGGCUUGUGCUCAACUCUGUCCACCUCACAAGGAGUUUAUCCAGCUGUCUUCAGUUUAACAGCUGUGGAGGCCAGAACAUGUCUGAGAAUGAUGUGAGCAACUGUUUGGUAGCUUGGUCAUUAUCUGGUCCAUCCCACGUUUAAAUUAUGCUUUCAAUUAGGCAUUGGUCCGAGGUGGGUGACUUUUUACAGAGGAUAGCUAGCCAUGCCCUAAACAUGCACGGGCUGCUGCUGUCAUCUGAGAGAUUUUAUUGGCGUGUUGUGAGACUCUGGACAUCAGGGUCUGUGGCUAACAGAUGGGGGUACAGUGUGAAGGAAGACAGACAAGGGAGCCGUGCAGAGACUUCAGCCUCUGCGGCCCACCGUUAGGCCAUUGUUCCACAGUGCAGAUCCACAUGCUGUUACUCAACUCCAAAACAUGGCUUCCGUUUCUUUAAUACCCGUCCCCUACCGUCACGAAAACUAUAAUGCUGAAGACUUGCCUUCCAUCGUGAGCCCCUGAGAGCAAAAGCAGCUGUCGUGGCAGAACAUGAGCUGCCCUCUGCACAGGCGCUCUUGGCAGGUCUGACUGAACCGCGGUGUUUUCUCCUUGGUCUCAGUGCUCCAAGUCCCAUGCCACCCUCUGGCUCCUGCACUAACCCAGAAUACCUCGCUUAUAUCUGUGUAAGCUAGCUGGGAACUUGCCCGCUGUAAUGAACUGAAUAAAAAGUUUGUAAACAUCA